AUGGAUGGCAAAGCAGGAUCUGACUACCAAGGCCAGUACCUCGGCCAAAACAUGGCCUUCAACCAGGCUAAUCAAUACAAUGAGUAUCAGCAGCAACAGCAACAGUAUCAGCAGCAGCAGCAGCAGCAACAACAACAACAACAACAGCAGCAGCAGCAGCAGCAGCAGGGGUUUGGGUUUGACCAGAUGCAACAACCAAUGAGUGCGUUCAGCGCAAACUACAUGAGACAGCAGAACUCUGUGUCCAACCUCUCUCAGAACGGAUCAAACUCUCCGCACUCUUUCUCCCAACCUUCGAACAUGUCAGCGCCAGCUCUAGUGUCGCCGCAAGUGCAGAUCCAAAACAACAAUGGGGUUUUUGCUCAAUCGCCGUUCUACGGGUCUUCCCCUUCGAAGUACAGUGAAAUGUUCACGCAGCCGCAGCCUCCGGUGAGUCCUUCCAAAAGUCUUAGAUCAAACAACCUCACCACUGUUUCGACGCAUUCCUCGUUUGACUCCCCACAGAAGAGCUUGAGUAACAACAAUAACUUGAAUAAUAUCUCGAGAAUGGGGAGUCAUUCAAAUCUCGCUAUGCUGCAACAGGCACAGCAGGCACAGCAAGUGCAACAGGCACAGCAAAUUGCGCAACAACGAAAGCAGGAAAGUGAGUAUGUUUAUUUUGAACGUCACCCAGAAUGGUUUUCCAAGCAAUCCCAGGACAGAGCGUCUGCAGUGAAACUUACUUUGGAGCAUUUUUACAAAACUGCAAUCGAACAUGCUAUUGAAAGAAACCAAAGAAGAAUCGCAUUUGAACAACAGUUGAGCACCGAGAUCAGCAGUGAGAGGAGGAACAGAGAAACCCAAUUGUUUGGCAAGAAUGAGUCCCACUACCUACGUUUGCGUCGUACCAGAUUAUCUUUAGAUGAUUUCAACACUGUCAAAGUUAUCGGUAAGGGUGCCUUUGGUGAAGUGCGGUUGGUACAGAAGAAAGACACCGGUAAAAUAUAUGCGAUGAAGACUUUGUUGAAGAGUGAAAUGUAUAAAAAAGAUCAACUAGCUCAUGUUAAGGCCGAAAGAGAUGUUUUGGCAGAUGCAAACUCUCCCUGGGUGGUUUCGUUAUACUAUUCUUUCCAAGAUCAACUGUACUUGUAUCUCAUCAUGGAGUUUUUACCUGGUGGAGACUUGAUGACUAUGUUGAUCAAGUGGCAAAUUUUCACCGAAGACGUUACAAGGUUUUACAUUGCUGAGUGUGUUUUAGCGAUCGAGGCUGUUCACAAAUUGGGAUUUAUUCACAGAGAUAUCAAGCCGGACAAUAUUUUGAUUGAUAUGAGAGGGCAUAUUAAGUUGAGUGAUUUUGGAUUAUCUACUGGUUUCCACAAAACACACGAUUCUGGGUAUUACAAAAAACUCUUACAGCAAGAGAACGACAAGACCGUGAAGUCUGCCAGGAACAGUGUUUUGGUUGAUCCAAUUAACCUGACCAUGUCAAACAGACAGCAAAUGCAGACAUGGAGAAAGUCCAGAAGGUUGAUGGCAUAUUCGACUGUUGGUACUCCGGACUAUAUUGCGCCAGAGAUUUUCAUCAAUCAAGGUUAUGGACAAGAGUGCGAUUGGUGGUCACUUGGGGCGAUCAUGUUUGAAUGUCUAGUUGGUUGGCCUCCUUUCUGUUCAGAGACGCCAACAGAGACAUAUAAGAAGAUUUUGAAUUGGCAAGAGACUUUGGUGUUUCCAGAAGAUAUCCAUUUGAGUCCAGAGGCUGAAGAUUUGAUUCUCAGAUUGUUGACCAGUGCGGAGAAUCGACUCGGUAGACACAAUGGUGCAGAUGAUAUCAAGAGACAUCCAUUUUUCCGUGGUGUAAACUGGGAGGAGAUCCGGAAUGUUGAGGCACCAUUUAUUCCGAAAUUGAGGUCUGUGACAGACACGAGGUUCUUCCCAACAGACGAGUUGGAGAACGUUCCGGACUCGCCAGCGCUGUUGCAGGCAGAGAAGGACCGUGAGAGCCUGAAGAACAAGGGCAUGGACACCAAGGCGGACCUACCGUUUAUUGGAUACACUUUCAGCAGAUUUGAGUACUUGACGAGAAAGAAUGCGCUAUAG